GGCGGAAACCGCCCGUAACUCCGGGGGGGGGCUGUGGGGUGGCAGCGGGGAGGCGACCAUGGAAGAAAAGCUCCAGGCGCAUCAGGUGGAGAUCGACCCGGAUUUCGAGCCGCAGAGCCGUCCCCGCUCCUGCACUUGGCCUCUCCCCCAUCCCGACUUGGCGGCGGAGGAGGAAGAUGGGGGCGCGGGGGGAACCCCGGCGCUGGCGGCCGGCGGGGACGGAGCGGAGAACGCGGUGGCCCCGGUGGAGCGCAGAGUCGCCGCCGCUCCCCCGCCGCCGCCCGGCGCGGAUGUGGGGCAGCUCCGCAAGGCCAAGACCUCCCGGCGCAACGCCUGGGGCAACCUCUCCUACGCCGACCUCAUCACCAAAGCCAUCGAGAGCUCGCCGGAGAAGCGCCUCACCCUCUCCCAGAUCUACGACUGGAUGGUGCGAUACGUCCCCUACUUUAAGGAUAAAGGAGACAGCAACAGCUCCGCCGGCUGGAAGAACUCCAUCCGGCACAACCUGUCGCUGCACACGCGCUUCAUCCGCGUGCAGAACGAGGGCACCGGCAAGAGCUCCUGGUGGAUGCUGAACCCCGAGGGCGGCAAGACGGGCAAGACGCCGCGGCGGCGGGCGGUGUCCAUGGACAACAACAGCAAGUUCCUGCGCAUCAAGGGCAAGGCCAGCAAGAAGAAGCAGCUGCAGGUGACGCAGGAGCGAGGGGAGGACAGCCCGUCCUCGCAGCAGGCCAAGUGGUCGGAGAGCCCCGUGUCCCACGCCGGCGACGAGUACGACGCCUGGGCGGACUUCCGGACGCGGGCCAACUCCACGGCCAGCACGCUGAGCGGGCGCCUCUCGCCCAUCAUGGCCAGCCACGAGCCCGACGAGCUGGAGGAGGAUGAUGGCACCCCCUCCUCCCCGCUGAUGUACCCCAGCCCCUCCAGCACCAUGUCUCCUUCCCUCAGCACCCGCUGCUCCGUGGAGCUGCCCCGGCUGACCGACCUGACCGGCACCAUCAGCCUGAACGAGAGCCUGGGGGAGAGCAUGCUGGAGGACCUGCAGGACGGCUACAGCAUGAGCCCCUCCCAGCAGCUGCCCCCGGCCGCCCUGCGGCAGCGCAGCUCCAGCUUCACCUUCAACUCCAAGUGCUCCAGCAUGGGGGCCGCCUCCAACACCUACUGCGGGACCAUCUACAGCCAGCCGGCCAUGAGCCUCAUGCGCCGCCUGCCCAUGCAGACCAUCCAGGAGAACAAGCAGGCCACCUUCUCGCCCGUCAGCUCCUACAGGAACGCCUCGCUGCAGGAGCUGCUCUCCUCCAUCUCCUACGCGCACAAGGAGAGCAUGGUCCCGGGGGGGGAGCUGCCCCUGCCGCAGGCCGGCCCCGUGGUGCCGGCCCGUGGCCACAGACACAACCCGCUGCUGUGCGGGGCCGGGGAGCAGGGCCUGUCCUCCUACCCGCCCCACCCGGGCUCUCUGAUGAAGAGCAACGCGUUGUACCACCCGUCACCAGCCGGUCACCACCCUGCGGUCAACACCAGUGCCUUAGCCAACCCCGUCAGCCUUAUGAGCCUGCCCGGUGACUCGUGCGGCGUGACGGCCAUGCCGCACCACGGGCACCCGCAUUCCUACGCUAAUAACCAAGGGGCACACAUGAGCUUGCUGGAUUCGCUGCAGGGCCCCUACCCGGGGGCCGGCCACCCCCCGGUGCUGGGCCAAGACAGGUUCCCGGCAGACCUGGACCUGGACAUGUUCAACGGGAGCCUGGAGUGCGACGUGGAGUCCAUCAUCCUGAAUGACUUUAUGGACAGCGACGAGAUGGACUUCAACUUCGACUCGGCGCUGCCGCCGCAGAACGGGCUGAACGUGCCCGCGCUGCCCGGGGCGCCGCAGCCCACGAACCAGAGCUGGGUGCCCGGAUGGGCGAGAGCCAUCGGUCUGAGCUUGAGGUCGAACACGGGACACAAACCGGAGGGUCAAAUAUUGAGACGGGGGAGGACCCCCAGCCCCACGUGUGCCCGGUCUGCAGGUCCUGCCAGCAUCCUCUGGAGGAUACAGGGCAGGUGGGUGGGAGAGGCAGCCAGAGCCAGGCAGAUCCAGCGGGGGAGCAGGCAGGGAGAGCCUUUUCAGACAGUGCCAGUGCCCCAUGGCAAUGGUGCCAGUUUGAUUUGCCCCUGGGCUGGGUGACACAGUGGUGACGGCUGGUGGUGUGGUGGUGUGGGACCCUCCCUGCAUGGGCAUCCCCCCUGGGAAGGGGCUCUUCUCUGAACCACCUUGGGAAAUGAGUCCUGGGUAGAAGUGUCAGGAGUGGGGACCCUGCCCCAGGGCAAGGGGGGGCUCGUGGCCCCUCAGUCCUGGUGGAGAGCAGCGCUCUCUCCCCUGCGGGUGUCCUCGUGUGGCUCCAGGCAGGUGUUCUUGCCGAGCAGUGACGAGGGGGUGGUGAUGAUGUGCACUCAGCAGCCCUGGGAGCAGCAUCUCAGCAGCCUCCAGGGCCUGAGGGUGCCAGGGGAAGGCUACAGCCCCUGCCUGGGACAGGGGGGCACUCCAGGGGGGUCCUGCUGGGAGUGAGGGUCCCCUGAGCUGGAGGCUCGGGGGCAGCUUGCAGGGGCGGGG